ACUGACAUUUUCGCAACGGCUAGUACCAACUUAACAUUGCGUUUACAAUUAGCAAUUCUUUUACAAUUUUUUCUUCGUUCGCGAAAUGGAGUGGAGGUCGACGAAGAGUUGGUUGGCAAAAGUGCCAGUUCACAUCGAUAACCACAAGUGACUAUUGCUAAAAUCGACCAAUUUCUCAAGUGAGUUUUGUUCUGUUUAUUCAACCGUGAACUUGUCAUAAAACGAAAAAACAAGAAAAAAUAGUAUACCAACAAGAUAACGACAGUAAUAUAUGUAAUGUGAUAACCAAACACUGCUAAACAAUCCAACAGUGACAAUUACACUCAUUCCUGUUUAAUACUCUACAUUAACAAACACCUUCAUGAGGGGCCACAGGAAAAAGGGGUCCUUGUCAAAAUGAAGAUGACAUUGUCGUCGCCAAACAGCAGUACUAAUGAGAAAUUAACAACACCACCAGAAAAUAAGCAAUCAAGCCCCAACAGUAGCCCUAGGAGCAGUCCGCGACCCUCCCCUAGACCUCAAACUAAAAGGGAACAUCCAAAACCGGAAUCUCAUUUGACCGUAAAUUACAAAGAACCCCCCGUCAGUAAUAAACACGACGGAUCACCAUCUAGUCAGGAGGGGUCAGUAAGCAGCCGCAUUAGUAACAUAGAAAUCGGAUCUCCUUCUGAUCAAAAUAAACCAGAAAGUAGUGGUAGCUCAAAUAAAGACAGGAAAGAAACACGAGGAAAGAAGAAGUCGUCGUGGUUUAACUCCUUCUAUCCAACUUACAAAUCUCGAUCGGGUGAUUUUAAAAGAAUCUUCAAAGAAGUACCUGAUGAUGAACGUUUAGUUGUGGAUUAUUCGUGUGCGUUGCAAAAAGAAAUCCUAGUGCAAGGUAGGCUGUACGUAACGCAAAACUAUCUGUGUUUCUAUGCAAACAUUUUUGGCUGGGAGACUACUGUUACGUUAAAAUGGAAAGAAGUAUCCGCUAUAACCAAAGAAAAAACCGCAAGAGUUAUACCGAACGCUGUGUUAAUAUGUACGAGAACGGAAAAAUAUUUUUUUACGAGUUUUGUAGCCAGAGACAAAACGUAUUUGAUGUUGUUUCGAGUUUGGCAGAAUGCUCUUAUGGAUCAACCUAUGACACCGCAAGAAAUGUGGCAAUGGGUGCAUCAGUGUUAUGGUGAUGAGUUGGGAUUAACAAGUGAUGACGAGGAUUAUGUAGCACCUGGCACUGAGGAAGAUAAAUUGUCUGCGCGAUUGUCAGUCGAAUCUUUUUCUGAGCACGAGUGCGGUGGCGUCGAAGCCAUUGUAGACAUGGUCAUCGAGGACAACAAAUCCCAAGACGACGAAAACAUCGUCCACAAAACGAUGGACAGCAGAAAGCGAACCACUUCAGCUUCCCACAUUCCGACCGAUCUCUCGGAUACUACAGAAUCGGACGGAGAAAAACAUACGAGAAUAAAACUACCCUUAUUCCUUUCCUGGGAAAAAUCCCUCCCUUGUAUACAUCCACCAACUCCCGACUCUGAUGAUAGAGUUCCAGUUUUGCAGAGUGUCAAAUGUGAUACAAACGUACAGUGUACAUCACUUCACGAAGGACGGCAAGUAAUGAGCGAGGUCGUUCCAAUCCACAUAGAUCAAUUAUUUACUCUGCUUUUUACGAGUUCAAAGUUCUACUUAGACUUUCAUGCGUCUAGGAAAACAACUGAUCUUACUCAAACUCCUUGGACCAAUUCAAGCGACAAUAGUAAAAGUCGCAUCGUUAGUUUAACAAUGGCUUUAAAUCAAGCAAUGGGCCCCAAGACGGCGCAAGUUACCGAGAGUCAAGUUAUGCUUCCAUGUAGUAAACCAGGUUGUCUUUAUGCCAUUGACGUCGAAACUGUCAACGCCGGCAUUCCUUAUGCAGAUAGCUUUAAUGUUGUAGUUCAUCAUUGUCUUCAAAAAAUUUCCGAAACGGAAAGUUCUUACCAAGUAUAUGCACAAGUUUUGUAUAAGAAGUCCGUCUGGGGGUUAGUGAAAGGUAUGAUUGAAAAAACGUGUUGGUCUGGAUUGGAGGACUUUUAUACCGCGCUGAGUAAAGCUUUACAUGCAGAAGGUGAAGAGAAUGUUUCUGACGUUAAACGAAAAUCGCGAAGGAAACGAAGAAUACAUAGUAUGCCAAGAGGAGGGGUAGAAGAUAGUCGACCUUUAAUGGGUGCCACAAAUAGGAUGAAAAUUUCUUCAGGCGGUAUUUUUAGCUCCGAUGUCGCUACUAUGAUAGUAUUCACUGUUCUAAUAUUGUUAGUUAUUCUAAAUGUCAUGUUGUAUUUCAAGUUGUGGUCUUUAGAAGAGUCCCCUCCAUACACCUUAUUGGACUUGCACGUUCUUAAAGAUCCACCUAAAACGCAUGACGAGUGGAUCAAACUUCUUCAGCAGCAAGAAACGGUUCAUUCUGUCGAAAUACAAAAGUGGCAACGGAUUUUAAAAACUGCUAUACAACUUUUAAAACAGACGGAGGAGUCUUUGAACGAACUUCAACGAUCAAUAAACCCAUCUUAUACCAACAAAGUGGUCUCUAUUUUACAAAACCAUAAAGAUACUGUUGAGCAAACUCGCCAAGAUGAGCUAUAGAUCGUGUUGUUAUUGUUUUAAAUUUAUUCUAUGUCACUGCGCACUGUGUUAUAUUUUUAGUACCUCCAUAGAUUUUAUCGAUUGUUCCUGUACACGUUGUGUAGCCUUUAAUUAAAUUAACGACAGUAAGAUAUUAA